AAUUUAUUAUUUCUAAUUUUUAGGUGUGAUUCUGUUUAGUUCUUCCUUUUAUCCCAAACUUCUUUCCAAUAUAAGGAUCAGAUAUCAUGUUCCAAUCAUGAAAUCUCUCCUAAUCUUAAUUCCCCCCAAAACACUCUCCCUAAUCAAAAGGAAACACUAUACACGAGGCGUCCAUUUCUGAACCACCUGGGUCCUCUCUGUAUUCCGGCGAACUUAAUCCAGUUUCCAUCUGUUGAAUGUGAUUGAUGUCCCCUGAACGCAGUUUGAGCAGCUGGCCUUCCUGUGGAUGGAGCGGCAGAAGUCCGGAGGCAACUACAGCCGCUACCGGGCACAGACGGAGAAACAUGUGGUGCUGUGCGUCAGCUGUCUCAAGAUUGACCUCCUCAUGGACUUCCUCAACGAGUUCUUCGCUCACCCUCGGCUGCAGGACUACUACGUGGUAAUCCUUUGUCCAGCUGAGAUGGAUGUUCAAGUCAGACGGGUCCUUCAUGUCCCUCUUUGGGCCCAGAGAGUCAUUUACUUGCAGGGGUCUGCCCUCAAAGACCAGGACCUGAUGAGGGCCAAAAUGGACGAUGCUGAGGCCUGCUUUAUUCUCAGCAACCGCUUUGAAGUGGACCGCAUUGCUGCUGUAUGUUCUUAAACAUUUCCCUGUUUGACUUUUCCCAUCAAAUCCUAAUGGUAUGAAUUGCAUAGAGACUAACCCUUUUGUUCCCUUACAUUGGAGACCCAGUAACAGUGUUUUUUUUUGGUCUAAAAGUCACUCUGGUACGGUGGCCCUGAAGUGCAAAUCUCACCAACAAAUUACUCUACGCAAAACUAUUUAAAGAUCACAAUGGCAAUUUAAAAAGUGAAACAAAUAAUUAAACAAAUAAAAUGAAACAUUUUGGAAAACAAAAGUAUUUUUCAGAAAUCAAAAUGAGAUGUUAAAAAAUUAAACACAAAAAGUAACUGGAAAAGAUUUUUCCUACCCUUUCUGGUUUUC